AUGGCGAAAGCGAGUGCGCGGGGCCGCAGCCCUCAACCUCCGCUUGUCGCCGAGAAGCAGCCCUUUGGGGCGCCCGUCGCUGGAUCGAACAAGUCGAAAAAGGCCAAGAAGAACGCCUCGUACAAGUCGGACGGUGUCGAGGACAAUGACGUCUUCCUGCUGCCCGGGCCCGACUAUGUGGCGGCCCUGGGAGUGACCGUGCUGGCUACCAUUGUGCGCCUGUACAAGAUCUACAUGCCCACCAGCGUCGUCUUUGAUGAAGUCCACUUUGGCGGCUUCGCUUCCAAGUACAUCAAGGGCAGGUUCUUCAUGGACGUGCACCCUCCGUUGGCCAAGAUGCUCAUUGCUCUCACCGGCUGGCUCGCGGGUUUCGACGGCGACUUCGAUUUCAAGGAUAUUGGCAAAGACUACCUGGAGCCUGGCGUCCCCUAUGUCGCCAUGCGUCUCUUCCCCGCCAUCUGUGGCAUUCUCCUCGCCCCCAUCAUGUUCAUGACCUUGAAGGCUGUUGGCUGCCGGACGACGACUGCCGUACUUGGUGCUGGUUUCAUCAUUUUUGAAAACGGCCUUCUGACUCAGGCCCGCUUGAUUCUUCUGGAUUCCCCCCUGGUUUUCGCCACUGCCUUCACUGCCAUGUCCUUCUCUUGCUUCACUAACCAGCACGAACAAGGACCCGACAAGGCUUUCCAGCUCAGCUGGUGGUUCUGGCUUGCCAUGUCUGGUCUUGGCCUGGGCAUCACCGCAAGCAUCAAAUGGGUUGGCCUGUUCACCAUUGCCUGGGUCGGCUCUUUGACUCUUGUGCAGCUGUGGGUUCUCCUCGGCGACAGCAAGAAUGUCUCUGUUCGUCUUUGGUUCAAGCACUUCAUGGCCAGAGUCUUCUGCCUCAUCAUCAUCCCCGCCACCUUCUAUCUCGCCAUGUUUGCCAUUCACUUCCUCUGCUUGACCAACCCUGGUGAGGGUGACGGAUUCAUGAGCUCCGAGUUCCAGGCUACUCUUAACAGCAAGGGCAUGAGGGAUGUUCCCGCCGAUGUCAUCAUGGGAAGCCGAGUCACCAUCCGCCAUGUCAAUACUCAAGGUGGCUACCUUCACUCGCACCCUCUCAUGUACCCUACUGGAAGCUUGCAGCAACAGAUUACUCUGUAUCCCCACAAGGACGACAACAACGUUUGGGUCAUGGAGAACCAGACGCAGCCCCUUGGAAUUGACGGCCAGCCCAUCAACGGAACUGACGCAUGGGACAAGCUGUCAGAGCCACACUACAUCGUCGAUGGCACUGUCCUCCGCCUCUACCACCAGCCUACUUUCCGACGCCUUCACUCACACGAUGUGCGCCCCCCGGUCUCCGAAGCCGAAUGGCAAAACGAGGUGUCCGCCUACGGCUAUGAGGGCUUCGAGGGCGAUGCCAACGAUUACUUCCGUGUUGAGAUUGUUAAGAAGCAGUCCAAGGGAGCCCUGGCCAAGGAGCGCCUCCGAACAAUCGAGACCAAGUUCCGACUGAUUCACGUCAUGACUGGAUGCGCCCUCUUCUCCCACAAGGUCAAGCUGCCCGAAUGGGCCUCUGAGCAGCAGGAAGUCACUUGCGCCCGCGGUGGCAGCAUGCCCAACAGUGUUUGGUAUGUCGAGCACAACGAGCACCCCCUGCUUGGUGAUGACGUCGAAAAGGCCAACUACGCCAACCCUGGCUUCUUUGGCAAGUUCUGGGAGCUUCACAAAGUCAUGUGGAGGACAAAUGCCGGCUUGACUGAUUCUCAUGCCUGGGACUCCCGACCCGAAUCUUGGCCUAUUCUUCGCCGUGGUAUCAACUUCUGGGGCAAGCACCACAUGCAGGUCUAUCUCCUUGGCAACCCCAUCAUCUGGUGGUCUAGCACGGCCGUCGUUGUGAUCUGGGCCAUUUUCAAGGGCGUAGCCAUCCUCCGAUGGCAGCGUGGAUGCGAUGACUACGAGAGCAGCACUUACAAGCGUUUCGAUUACGAGAUUGGUACUUCAGUCCUCGGCUGGGCUCUGCACUACUUCCCAUUUUACCUGAUGGAGCGCCAGCUCUUUUUGCACCACUAUUUCCCCGCUCUGUACUUUGCCAUCAUUGCCCUCGCUCAAAUGUUUGACUUUGUAACGGCAAGAAUUCCGGCUGCCCUUGGUUACCGUGGAACCCUCAUCAACCGCGUUGCCACCGUUUCCUUCCUCGUCCUCACGGCUGCCGUCUUCACCCUCUUUGCCCCUCUGGCCUAUGGCUCACCUUGGACCAAGGCCGAGUGCGUUCGCGUCAAGCUCUUCGACAAGUGGGACUUUGACUGCAAUUCCUUCCUUGAUGACUACCAAAGCUAUACUCUGACCGAACUCCCCCCUUCAAGCGCUGCUCCUUCAGUGUCAGUUGCCGAUCCGGUUGUCGACCAGGCCCAAAAGCCUCUGGCAGAGCCUGUUAUUUCUCAGGCAGCCGUCGUCCAACAGGAUGUGAAGGUCCUCUCCCAAGAGGAAAAGAUCGAAUAUCGGGAUCAGGACGGAAAUUUGCUGAAUGAAGAGCAAGUCAAGGCUUUGGAAGGCAAAGUUGAGUUCGAAACCAAGUAUGCGACCAAGACGCGCGUCGUUGACGAGCACGGUAACGAGAUUGCCAUGCCCGAAGGCGGCUGGCCCAGUGAGAUCGCCGGAGCUGUCGCCCCACCUCAUCCUGAUGUCGAGGGUGUUGACAAGGAGACAGCCAAGGCCGAGACCGCCGAGGCCGUCGAGGCCCCCAAGGACGAGGACGCCGCUGCCAGCCGCGAUGGCGAGAAGGAAGCCGAACAACUAAAGGCUAAGCCCGCCAGCGAAGGACAAGAGGCCACUGUUAUGGAGGAGCUAUGA